GCGGGCGGGCCCGGAGCGGGGCGCGGAGGCGCGCGGGCCCGUGCAGUUUAUGUAAGUGUUCAUGUCUCCUGGCUUUAUUGCUUCAUACUGAACUUCCGUGGCCAGCGAAGACCCCCAAAUCUUAAACCAGUCAAACUCUUAUGUGUAUGCAAAGAAACCUUUUUACACAGAUGUCCUUAAAGAUAUUAUGGAUCAAUGCAGAGGAGUUCUCCUUUGGGUGAAAGCAGAACCCUUUAUUGUGGGCGCCUUGCAGGUGCCCCCUCCAUCCAAGUUCAGUCUUCACUAUCUCAGGAAGAUAGCUACUUAUGUGCGAGCCCGAGCCUCCGAGGGUGCAUACCCACGCCUGUACUGGUCUACAUGGAGGCACAUUGCGUGUGGGAAGCUGCAGUUGGCUAAGGAUCUGGCAUGGCUUUACUUUGAAGUAUUUGAUAGUCUGGCCGUGAAGACACCACAGGAGCGCCUGGAAUGGUCCGAGAUUGUGUCCAACUGCUUGUCUGAGGAGGAAGUUGAACAGAGGAGAAAUCAGCUUUCAGUGGACACCCUGCAGUUUCUGCUUUUCUUAUAUAUACAGCAAUUAAACAAGGUCUCUCUGAGGACCUCUUUGAUCGGAGAAGAGUGGCCUAGUCCUCGAAACAGAUCUCAGUCUCCUGACCUCACUGAAAAGUCCAGUUGUCCUAAGAACUGGAAUGAUUACAGUCAUCAAGCUUUUGUCUCUGAUCAUCUGUCAGAUCUUCUUGAGCUGCUUUUAGAUCCAGAACAACUCACUGCAUCAUUUCAUUCAACCCAUAGUAGUCUAGUCUCUCGAGAGGCUGUUACGGCACUUAGCUUUCUUAUCGAAGGUACAGUAAAGAAAGGCAGGAAGAUAUAUCCACUUCAUGAAAUUGCGCUAUGGCAACCACUGCAUGCGGAAACUGGUUUCUCAAAGUUCUCUAAGACCUUUUCUUACUACAAGCUGGAAGCCUGGUUGAGAGCCUCUUUGACUGGUAAUCCCUUUGGUACAUCUGCUUGCCUCAAGUCUGGAAAGAAAUUGGCUUGGGCUCACCAAGUUGAAGGGGCAACCAAAAGAGCUAAAAUUGCUUGUAAUAUUCAUGUGGCCCCUCGGACACACCGCAUGGUGGUGAUGAGCCAAGUUUACAAGCAGACAUUGGCCAAGAGCUCAGAUACUCUGGUGGGUGCACAUGUGAAGAUCCAUCGCUGCAACGAAUCUUUUAUAUAUCUGCUCUCUCCCUUACGAUCUGUAACAAUUGAGAAGUGCAGGAAUAGCACCUUUGUCCUGGGCCCCGUACAGACUGCUCUUCACCUCCACAGCUGUGACAAUGUUAAAGUCAUUGCAGUUUGCCACCGUUUAUCCAUCUCUUCUACAACAGGCUGCAUCUUUCACCUUCUGACACCUACUCGCCCACUUAUUCUCUCUGGGAACCAGGCAGUAACUUUUGCCCCCUUUCACACCCAUUACCCAACGCUGGAGGAUGAUAUGGCCAGGACAGGCCUAGCUACAGUGCCUAACUAUUGGGAUAACCCAAUGAUUGUGUGCAGAGAGAACAGAGACCCACGUGUCUUCCGGAUUUUACCCCCCUGUGAAUUCUAUGUGUUUGUUACUCCCUUUGAAAUGGAAGGGGACACAACUGAGAUCCCUGGGGGUCUUCCAUCUGCAUACCAGAAAGCCCUGGGUCAAAGAGAACAGAAGAUACAGAUCUGGCAGAAAACUGUGAAGGAGGCUCGACUGACAAAGGAGCAAAGAAAGCAGUUCCAGUUGCUUGUGGAGAACAAGUUUUAUGAGUGGUUGGUCACUACAGGUCAUCGUCAACAGCUGGAUAGUCUCGUGUUGCCUGCAGCAGCCUCAAAACAAGCAGCAGGAUGAAGUUUCUACAGCAGAAUACUGGACCUUGGAUUCGUAAGGAUGCUUGAUAGAUGGUGUGCAUCUUGAACCUCAAUUGGAAUGGUGCUCAUGCUUCUUAAAAGACUUUGGGCGUUGAGGGUAUUUUUCCCUUUGUUUAAAGAUACUCCCUGGAUUUCUGUUCCAUACUAAUUUAUUCCUGUUUAGGUUGAAUUGUAACUAAUAUAUUACUGUUAAUAGGUCAGCAGAAGGUUCAUCUUUGCAGUACUAAAUAGAAAAGGUGAAUGAAAUCAGUCUUACUGUUUACAUGUUAAUAUUGACCUGAUUGUAGGUUUGCCAGUGAUUCACAUUUAAAUGUGUUAUUAAAGGGUUCCAGCCUUUCUAGAAUUUAAAGAAGAAUUUUGUUUUUUAUAACUAUAUAAAAAAUUGUUACUACUUUAAAAAAUAAUUAGAAGGAAAUUUUGAUGUUUGAUGUAUAAAUAUAGUAGAAAUAGUAUUUUACAAGGUAAAAACAAUGAAAUUGUGUGAAGUUUUUCAUUUUCUGGUUCAAAUUUUCAAUAAACAAAGUAAUUUUUUCUUUUGAUAAGAUAAAGCUUUAUUUUUAAAUUUUAUGUUAC